UCUACGCCUUUGCCUCUGUCUCAAUCUGUUAACACUAAUCCUAACCAAUAAUAAAAACAAAAGCGAUAAAAAUCGCACGUUCAUAAAGACAAGAAUUAAUAAAUAAAACAGGCAUUCGAUAAUUUUUCGGGUGACAAAUGUAACCGGUGGCUUAGGGAUAUCAGGAGAUAACUCCCAAGGCCUCGUGACUCGUGACAUUUUCCCAUUCAAAAUCGAGGGAAUUGUUUUUUAAAAAAUUAAGAGAUGGACGUGGAGAGGCUUGCAGUUUUUGCUGGAAUAGGUUUUGCCCUUGGUGUUGGUGCAUUUGUCCUCUGGGGUCCCACCCCGAGACCCAGGCGAAGAGGGCAAGUCGCUGGCAUAACGAACCUGGGGUUCACUUGCUUCCUGAAUUCCCUGUUGCAGGCCCUGGGGGCUUGUCCGGUUUUUCUCAAAUGGUUGAAUGAGAGAGCAGUUAAGAGUAAAGACACGAGCUUCACCAGCAAUCUAGCUCUCGUUCUCGACAGGGUGAAUGGUUUCACCGACGAUUUAUAUGGUAAUGUCACCCCGAUUGAGGUGAUCACCUCCUUGGGGCCACUCUGGAGCUUCGAGCCGGGGUAUCAGGAUGCCCACGACUUGUUCCACGUGAUGCUGAUGGCUCUCCAGAAUGAGACACAAACACCCACUAGGAAAUUCUGCCUCUCCGACGCCCUCCCCUCGCCCCCAGGUUCACCCCAGGACGCAUUAACCCUGCGGAGUGUCUCCUGCAACGAUCUCCCCCAGGAGGAGCCGUCGAGGCUACUGUCAUCCUCUCAGAACAUGACGUCCUCAACUCGCUCCAUUCCAUCCUCGAAGCCAGGAGUCAUCCUUGCUCGUUCCUCAGAGGUUCUCACGAGAUAUCUGACCGAUGAGUCAUCCCCGAGGAUUCCAGAGAGGGCCUGGAGAUCCCUCUGUGCUCUGCCCCAGGUGACACCCCUGGGUAACGAGAAUCAUCCGUUCUCUGGAUUUCUGACAAGCCAAUUAAAAUGCACGAGAUGCCAAUGGCGUUCACCAGUUCGUUACGACAAACUCGAGACAGUGUCUCUCCCCCUGCCACCUGGGGACACCCUCUGGAGACGACACACCCUCGGUGAAUUAUUCGCUCGUCUUGUGACGAGUGAAGUGAUAAAUAACGUCGAGUGCGAUGGAUGUGGCACGAGAUCUCCAGCCCUGAAGACCCUCACCAUGGGUAAAUUACCGAGAUGUCUGUGCAUUCACAUUCUCAGGACCACCUGGGGCACAGGUGCACCAGUCAAGAGGGACGAUGUCGUUAUUUUUCCAGAGGUUUUUGUUCUCGAUCCGUUCACCUUCAACGAGGCUAAGAAGAGGAAUGGACAGGCCACAUUACCUGUCAUGGGCAUCAACUCUGGGGCCCAGGGAAAGCACAAGUACAGACUCAGGGCUGUUAUCGAGCACAGGGGAAGGGUUGACACUGGACAUUUCGUUUGUUAUCGCAGGGGAAAUUGGAAUAAUCAGUGGAUUUAUACGUCUGAUAAUGUCGUGGAGAAGACGUCCUUGACUGAUGUACUGUGUGCCAAUCCUUAUUUGAUGUUUUAUGAGAGGAUUGAUGGGGUCUAGCAAAUAUUUCGAGGAUCGAUUAUCGACGCUCUCGGGAAUGAUAACCGAUUUUUUGGAGGAACCAGAAGAGCUGGAGAAAAUAUUCAGUGAAGACUUCGGGUACUUCAGCGCGUUUCGGAGAUUUAUGGGUGAAUGGGAAUUGAAAGUUUGUUAUUAUUCCAGUUUUUGGGAUUUUUGGACUUCAGUUAGAGAUUGAUGUCUAGGAUUGGCUCGGGAUUUGGACGGAUUUUAAUUGGAGGUGUGUAGAGAUUUAAUUCAAUCCUCGAGAUGUUAAGGAAAAUGAUUUUGGUGGACUACCCUUUAGGGACGAAUUUUUCUUUCAUGACCUCGGGAAAUAUCUCGACGAGUCGAUGGUCCUCCGUCACCGUUCACUUAAUUUAUCCCUUAUUAUUAUUAGAAACCCAACAAAUGGCAAUUGAGAAUUUUUGAGAGACUGAAAAAUAAUCACUAGAGCUUAAACAAUACCCCCUUGUUCCUAUCCAGAUAAUUAAUAUAUCUAUGGAAUAUUUAGAAAUCAAACUGUCGAUUAUUUCGAUUUUGAUUUCGAUUGAUUAAAAAAUGCCAAUUAUUUGGAGUCCUAAGACUGUUGGGUAAGUUUCUUAAUUUUUCACGUGCCAUAUGGGAUUGGAGGAGUCAUUCGCAGUGCCUAAGUAUUUUCUUAUUCAUCUAGAAAUUUAUCCACAAAUUUAUAAUUCUCUAGAAAAUAUUUUAUUUCAACUUUUAUAUAAAUGAAUUUUUCUCAGUUGUUCUCUAGAUAUAUUUUUUCUACAUUGAGUUGAUAUUUCAGGGGGUAGAAUAAUCAUAAGGUAGAAGUAGUGUUCAUUAGAGGGAAUAAAAAUAAUUAUUACAAAAAUAAAGGAGUGAGGAGUAAA